GGCCAAACACCCCCUUGCCAUUGGCCCUCUGGCUCCUCUUGUCCCGCCCCCCUUUCUCUCCUCCUCAGCUACGAAGUUUCAGAUGCAAAAGUUGCCAAGUGGAAGAAGAGUCCAGAACCAUCCUCUCCUUGCUCCACUCUGAAAGUCUCCAAAUCCAGAUCUGGGGCAGCUGGGCCCUCGAGGUGGAUAUCUGGGCAUCACCAGGGAAUGAGCAUCCAUGGCUGACAAUUCAGACUCUCGGGAGUCGGAUAACAACAGCUGGGUGAUUGCUGGGUCUGAGGCUCUUCCUGUGGAAGACAUUGGCUCAGAAGUGCCAGAAGAAACGAAGGUGGAAACAGUGUUGUCAAAGGAGAGCCAGCAGGCCUCCAUUGGUGAGAGUGAGGCCCAUGACAACCACCUUGAGCCAGAGGAAUCCAAACGGAAGGGGCCAGAGGUGGCAUUGGAUGCCAGUGCGGAAGAGACCCCCAGCGUAGCCAAGACCUCCGAUCCCAUCCCCUCAUCAUUGCUGCAUGCCAAGGAAACCAGUGCCCAUCAUGCUGAAGAACGGUCUGCUCCUGCCCCACAAGGCACCACCUUAAGCCGCAAAGCAGUCCCGCUGGUGGAAGAACCAAACAAGGAAGACGUGGCAUCCAAGGAGCAUGAUGUUGAAGGUCUGCGCAGACGGAAAGGUCAAGACGUGGCUCCCGUUACUCUUGGGGCGCCCCGGGAUCGAGGCAAAGACCCCCAAGACGAGGACGGGAGCACAACAAAAUGGUUCUUUGGCUUCCUAGCCCUUCUGGCUUUGGCUUUGCUGGUUGCCUUGGGGGUCAUCCUGGAUACAGAUGAGAGCCCUGGGGAUACCCUGAGCACCUGGUCAAGCUCCAACAGUGAUGAUCUUCAUCCUGGCAGUGAUGGGAAGGACUGGCCCUCUUCAGAGUCUCUAGUCGAUGCUGGGCAAGCCAAGGAGGACUCGCCGUUGCAUUUGGAGCCCCCCAGGGACACCCAGUCUCUGGAUGCCAUGGGGCUCUUGUUGGACAAGCUGGCCAAGGAGAAUCAGGAUAUCCGGCUCAUGCAGGCUGAGCUGCAGGCCCAGAAGGAAGAGCUCCAGGCCCUUUUGCUCAAGACUGAAGGGGAGGCCCUGGAGUUCACCUCCCAGCAGCAGAGUUUGGCCACCGAAAACUCCAGACUGAAGGAAGCCCUGCAGAGGGAGAAAUCCUCGCUCCUCGCUGUGCAGGCUGAACUCCGUCUUCUCCAGGAGAAGAUGCAGGGCCUUGGGGAAGCUGGUGAGGCCAAACCUCAGCCACAGCCGGAAGCAGGACCUGUGCCAGAUCACCACCACCAUCACAAGCCUGAGCGCCAGGAUGCCGAAAUCCGACGUUUGCAUUCCUUGCUGACAUCAGUUGGGCACGACGUAGCAAAAAUCUUCCAGAAAGUUCCACCUGGUGAUGGGGCUGAAGGCUUACGGGCAGAACUAAGUGGCAUUGAGCGGAAGCUGGCCCAAGAGAUAGAGGGUGAGGAAGGUGCCAGGCCUUUGUGGAAAGAGGGCCCCAAAACCAAACGGGGCAAGGAGAAAGCAUGGCACAGGAAACACGAAGGUCUGGAGGAGCACCGGCGUCGUCACCAUGAGGACAGCCUAGGAAAGGAACACAAAGAUCACCGUUCUGCACACAAGGUGGCAAGUGAUGCGGCUCACCGUCCCAGGAAACACCAGGGCAUGCGAGAUGCCAAACCAGCCAAGGAAGGGGAGCACCAGCGAGGUGGCCGGAAAGCCAAGAAGCCUACCGAGCCUAGUGCAUUGUGGGAAAUUCUGGCCAAACACCAAUACCAAGUUCCCCAAGGAUGCAACAGUGUUGCUGAGUGUGCCCGCCAGGAGGGCCUGGCACCAGUGCAGAAAGCAACCUUCCUGAAAAUGGUCCACAACUACCUGUCUGGGUUGGGCUGGGCAGAACACUAUGGAGGCCUGGUGACUGCAUUAGACGGCUUCUUUGGGAAUGACGGAGCCUUUGCCCAUGACCGCUUCAGCUUUGUUGAUUUUCUGGAUGAAAUUGAGGAUGCCCUGGAAGAGCUUGCAGAGCUCCUAGGAGGCAGUGAAGAGGAAGCAGACAAUUUUGAAGAGGUGGUCUUGCGGCAGCUUGGAGCAUCCCCCGGCGGAAGGUUUGCACAGCGAGACAACAGCCAUCAACACACCAAGGACCGCAACCGUGAAGGGCACAGUCGCAAGAACGGCAGAGAGAAUCCCAGCCGAGCCUCCGGCCAGCAUUAAGUUGGUCCCAAAGUGGCAAGAAGAAAGCAGUGCCGCCUCGCAGAUGGACUGAGGGAGGGCAGGAGGGCUAUGGCUCAGCUGUCAAAACAUGGCAGGGAAGUAAGACGUGAUCAACACAUGUAUCUUCUUGUCGUGUUCCAGUGAUCUCUGUGUGUGUCUCCAUCUGAAUACAUCUCCUUCAUGUCAUGCAACCCUAUGUCCCCUCCAAAACCCUCAACCCAUCCAGACUGUAGCAGCUUCUGGUUAACAACAGAGCCACUGGCUCACACCAGGGAAGUAAACCUUGAAGUCCUCCAGUUUUUGUAAGAUGCCAGUUCCCAUCAUCCAGGGACAGUGGUUUUGAGCAUCAUGAGAAUAAGAGACUACACAUUUUCUUUAUGGAUGAAAGCAGGCCUAUGCAUCUUUUGGGGAAGGAUGUAUGCAUUUUUAGCUGCUUCUGUUUUAGAAAUGCGUUGCCCAAAUGUGUGCAUACAAAAAACAAAAACACACCAUACUGCAAGUCUUGUACAUGUUCAGAUUCCUGAGGUGAGGAUUCCCAACACAUUUCUGAAGGUGUGUACUCGAGGUCCUCAGUUUUGGUUUUUUUUUUUUAGGUACUCAGAAAAAUUGAGUAAUGUUUUUCAAGAGUCUUAAGACCACCAAAAUUCUUCUCCCAUCUGUAGUUGUACAAUCUGGAAAGCUCUUAUAUGCCCUACUCCAUUGAGGAAGCCAUGGGUUUCUACUCAGUUGUUGCCCUCUGCUACUUUGAAUGCAAACGCACUGGGUGACCUUGGGCAAGGCACACUCUCUCAGCCUCAGAGGAUGGCAAUGGCAAACCUCCUCUGAUGAAACCUGCCAAGAAGAUAUCAUGUUAGGAAACGUAAGUUGGAAACGACUAAAGGCACCCAACAACAACUCUGCAGUGUUGCAACACAAUUCACUGGGCAUGGAGAAGAGUCCCUUGUCACACUCGAAUUUUUGCCUCCAUGCCAACCCAACUCUUCUAGCAAAAAUUACCUCUUUUCAUCCAGGCCCAAAUCAUCCUGUAUUUAAACUAUCUCAGUGCAUGUUUCUCAGCUCCCUGGCAUAAGGAUUCGUGUCAAAUAUGAGUCAGUUUGAGCCCUUUAUCAUCGUCAUUAUCAUCAUUUAUUACGAUCGACAGAUCUAACAGAGCCUAUAGAAAACUCAAAUAUAAAAUUAAAAACAACAUCCAAAAGGAAUAAAUAGUGCAGUAAAAACAAUAAAAUGAUUGCUAUCGCCUUUAUCUAAAAUUCUUUUCUUUCUCUGAAAGAAAUUUAGCAACAGACAAUGUUACAUUUGGGGACUUAUUCUCCACCAAGAAUACAAUAAUGUAUUGAUAUGAAAUUGGGCAGAACAUCCAACAAAUUUUCAGAUUCUGACGUGCCUCAUUGUAAAAGGUACAGGACUAUAUAUAUAUAUAUAUAUAUAUAUAUAUAUGCGCAGUUUGAGCCCUUUAUUACUAACUGGACGUAGACGUUUUACAGCUGGGGCCUUCCAGAGGUUGCCGGACAGCAGCUCCCAGCAUCCCUCACCAAUUGGGUAUAAUGGAUGGGAGUUGCAGACACCCAGCAAUUGGAGAGCUGCAGAAUUACCACUCUGUACUUUAUAGGAUCCUGUAAUGGUCGCCUUUUGAACUCGCCUCCCCGAUGUCCUGUGCUAUUCCAUGUUCACAUUUUUGGUAAAUAGGGUAUGGGUUUUUCAAAAUCUGUGUUCCUAUCUUGAAUGGCAGUGGGCUGCCCCUAUCCCUCGAUCCUCACCCCACCCCACACUAACCCCUCACAAUGACUUGCACUGUUGUCCAAAACCAAAUAAAAAGCACUGAUUGAACAAAAA